UUCCAACUUCAGAGCUACCAUGGCCCCUUUCAGCUCGAUAGGAAUAGAAUGUGCAGUCUCCCAAAAUCCCUCAGUAAGGGAACAAGCAAUCUUCGAUUACUUGACCACAUAUCUCCCUGCAGACUCCUCAAUAACGCCCGAAGAAGCAGUCCACCACAUCAACGCUCUCUUUUCUGAAGACCAUAAUGCCACGGUAGUCAGCUUUCUGUAUUGGUCCUGGCAGUUGGUGUUUUGUAUUGGACCUCAAUUGGAUUAUCAGCAGGACCCCAUGCAACGUUUUGUUGCCCUCCUGGAGGCCCUCGAGAUUCUACCGGACAUACUCCAGGGGGGCGCAUAUCCAGGUCGGAAUAGCCAUGCAAACAGACUUUAUGUCAUUAUGGCAUUUGGCGAACAGUGGGAUAGCCUCCGAGACAACAAGGAACCCAGCGCCAAGUCCGCGCGUCACUUGCAAAAUAUGAACGGAUUGUGUGCUUAUAUGAUCACACGUGGGCUUGGUUGCAGCAGCUCAUACGCUCUGGAAACCAUUAGCACGGCUUUGGAGGACGAGAAAUUGAAAGAACCACAGGUUCGGGCCGCAGCCACCUGGUUUACGCUGCGUGCGCUCCUGAUCUACUGGUUUUGUCAGAAACAGGAAGAUCGACGCUCUGACAAGCGUGGGGCUCUAUGGACCGGUAAGCCGGAAGAAGGUUAUUCGAUUGCACGAUGGAUGUUUUGGCGGGGGCGGCUUGCAGAGCUGUGUGUUCAUCCUGGUGUAGAGAAAGAGACGAUACACAUCUGCAGGGCUGCAAAGCAGGCAAUGGAUCGUGUGUCUAAGCAGGUUAAUGGCGUCCGUAUAGUAGAAAAAAUUAUGGCAUUUCUACAAAGGAUGGUUGGUCGGAAGGGAUAAUUGCAUGAAGUCUUUUCUUUUGCACAAGUACCAAUACUUCUGCUUUUCAUACGACUUGCGCUCUUCAAUAUUUACUCCUCUUGGGACUCCAUAUAUUGGCGGCUCACAGUGCCUGAAACAGACAAGGAUAAAGAUAUCUCAUAAGCAUACAUAGUACACACGCAUGCAAACAUCCGCAUUAUCAAUUCCGACCUCUUCGACUCCCCUCGCAGCACCGGGCUCAAGCAUUCCGAACAUCCAGGUGACACUAGCCGAAGGGAACAGUUGGAGAGUUGUUGCCGCAGUUGGAGGGUAUAUUAGGAUCACUGGUUUUGUAUAUCAGAGUACAUGCAUAUGACCGACAUGGACGCAGAUAGGAUCCCAUCCUCUAACAUUGAUUACUAGAUGUAGCAAUGAUCUAAAAGCAGUGACG